GAGAUAAGACCAUGCAUAGCUUAAAUGAAUUUUCGUGGACCGAAUUCUGAAUUUAAUGCAUAUAAUAUACACAGCUGCAGCACAACUCGCUGCUGGAAGCCUGGAAUCCCCGUCCCUCUCUCCGCCGGCCGGCGAUCUCCUCCUCCCCUGCUGCAAUGCGGCGCCUCCGCCUCCCGCUGCUGCUCCUCCUCCCCGUAACCCUAACACUCCUCCUGCUCGUCCUUCUCUUCCCCUCUUCCCCGCCCCCGCCGCGCAUCCCCCUCCCCUGCGGCGCGGACCCAUCGGACGCCACCGCGGGCCGAUGGAUCCGGACCCCGACCCCGCCCCCGCCGCCGCUCUACUCCCCGUCCUGCCCGUUCCACCGCAACGCCUGGAACUGCCUCCGCAACGGGCGCGCCCCCGUCGCCGCGCUCUCCUGGUCCCCCGCCCGCUGCGGCGGCGCCUUGCCGAGGCUCGACCCGGCCGCGUUCCUGGCGGCGGCCAGGGGCCGGCGGAUCGGGCUCGUGGGGGACUCGCUGGCGGAGAACCUGGUCGUGGCGCUGCUGUGCGCGCUCCGGGCGACCGACGGCGGCGCGCGGAGGUGGAAGCGGCGCGGGGCGUGGCGCGGCGGGUACUUCCCUGAAGAGGACGUCGUCGUCGCGUACCACCGCGCCGUGCUGCUCGCCAAGUACACGUGGCAGCCUGUAGAGAAUUCCGAACUUCGGAAGGAUGGAAUAAAGGGAACUUACAGAGUGGAUGUUGACAUUCCUGCUGAUGAUUGGGUAAAUGUCACCAAGUUCUAUGAUGUGCUCAUUUUCAACACUGGACAUUGGUGGGGUCCAGAUAAAUUCCCAAAAGAGACUCCCCUUGUUUUCUACCGAGGAGGAAAACCAAUUGAGCCUCCACUUGGCAUCUUCGAUGGACUGAAAGUAGUCCUCAAAAGUAUGGCCUCCUACAUUGAAAGGGAGGUCCCAAGUAAAACGCUGAAGCUGUGGCGCACACAGUCACCCAGGCACUUCGACGGAGGCGAAUGGGAUCACAACGGCACUUGCGUGUCUGAUAGGAUCCUAGAGGAACACGAGGUAUGCCAUCUGAAGGCCAACCUUUUCUAUGAUCUGACAUGUAUUUCGAAAUUCCCGAGUCAUGGCCCCUCUAAAACCUUUUGUGCAGCUCGACUCCUGGUUCGAUCCCAGGUUCGGGGGAGUGAACAAAGAAGCGAGGCUAGUGAACUCGGCGAUCCAGGAAGCGCUCGUCGGCACGGAUAUCCAGCUGCUCAACCUGACCUACAUGAGCGAGUUCCGUGCCGACGCCCACCCAGCCAUCUGGCUCGGGAAGAAGGACGCGGUGGCCGUCUGGGGACAGGACUGUAUGCACUGGUGCCUGCCCGGCGUACCAGACACAUGGGUCGACAUCCUGGCUGCACGGAUCUCGCACUACUUCAAGCAGGGCAAAGGCUGACGCCGUGUGUGGGUGCAUCGUGGAAGUUGUUUGGAUUACGAUCGCCUGUUACUUCCCCCUGUAAAAUGUUCUUUUGGGAAAGACGGGCAUAACCAAGCUUGGAACAGCGUAUAUCGAAUCGAAAUUGAUUAUCUGAAGGUGAAGACAACUUAGACAAGGGAGGGAGGUAUGCUGCUUACUGGAGAUUAGAGAUGAGAUGAGUCUAUUCUUUGGUUUGAGAAGCAAUGUUCUUGGUGUAGGUAGCUAGUCAGUGAUAUCAUGCUUUGGAUUGAGAAGCAUUGCUUUUGUACCAAGCAAUGCCUAGCUUUGCAUUCUUCGUUCUCUGUUCAUAUGUUUAAACCAGUACAGUGACGGAUUUUGAUUUAUACGACCUCCGUUUCGAAAUUGAUAGUUUUGGAACCCUUUGUGAUU